AGAACUUUGGUCUGCACUGAGAGUACACUGUAGCACAUUUUAAACAGCACUGCUUUUUCAACAUGGUGUACGAGUAUAUUGUUAUAGGAGCGGGGAUUCAGGGCUCGUUUACCGCCUACCACCUUGCCAAAAAUAACAAGAAAACUCUUCUGCUGGAGCAAUUUGUCCUGCCACACUCCCGUGGAAGUUCUCAUGGCCAGACACGCCUCAUCCGGAAAUCUUAUGAAGAUGAUUUCUAUAUAAACAUGUUGGAGGACACCUAUGAGCUGUGGGCCCAGCUGGAAAAGGAAGCAGGAGUGAAGCUUUUCAGGCGUACUGGCGUGCUGCUGAUGGGUCCAGAGAAUGGAAAGGACUUACAGCUCAUUAAGAGUGUAAUGCAGAGGAACAAGAUUCCCAUUGUGGUGCUAGAGAGAGACGAGUUCAGCCAACACAUCCCCAGUGUGAACCUAACUAGCGGAGAUGGUGCGAUGCUGGAAAGCACUGGUGGAGUAUUGUACGCAGACCGUGCGCUCCGAGCAGCCCAGGCGGUGUUCCAGUCACAUGGUGGCAUGAUAAAAGAUGGAGAGAAAGUGAUUAAUAUUGAGCCUGGAGAUUUAAUCACUGUGACGACAGACUCUGGCACAUACCAAGCAAAGAAUCUGGUGAUCACUGCUGGUCCAUGGGCCAAAACUCUUCUGUCCCACACUGGACUACAGCUUCCACUGAAGGUUGUAAGGAUAAAUGUGUGCUACUGGAAGGAGAAGGUUCCAGGCUCCUACAGUAUCAAUAAUCGCUUUCCCUGCUUCAUGCAGUUUCAGCCAAAGGAGGCUGAGCAUGAUAUCUACGGCCUCCCUUCCAACGAAUAUCCAGGACUGAUGAAGAUUUGCUACCACAUGGGCAGUGAAACGGAGCCUGAUGAGAGAGACAGACAGACAGAUAGACGGGACGUGGAGGCUUUGUCCAGUUACAUCAGCCGCUGUUUCCCCGGCCUUGUGUCUGUGCCUGCAGUUGUGGAGAGCUGUAUGUACACGAUGACACCUGACAAACAUUUUGUCCUGGACCGCCACCCAAGCUACAGCAACAUUGUGAUUGGAGCUGGGUUCUCAGGCCACGGUUUCAAGUUUGGUCCAGUCGUUGGGAAGGUGCUGUGUGAGCUGAGCAUGGGCCUGAAUCCUUCCCAUGACCUUUCACCUUUCAGCAUCCAGCGCUUCCAAGGCUAAUCCUAAAUAAGCUCCAUGACACCAUUAUCUAUAGCAGAAUAUCUCUGAAGAAAUUUCUAGUAACGCAUGACACAGUGUCAAGAAUGAUGAUUAUACACAUGAUGUUUAAUAGUGUGUUACUUUAGCUUGAGUGGACAAUGUAGGCAAAUCAUUAAUAGCCUAAAGUCCUUUGAAUUAAAAUGCUUGUAUUAAUAGAUCAUUUCUAUGAAUUAUGUAUUGCUAAAUGCUCGGUCCAAUUGAUGUAUGUGUGAUCUCCCUGGUUCCUGUCUCAAAGCUUCCUCUGCUGUAAUCCUCUAAACAGAAGACCACUAUACUGUAUACAUUUACACAAACAUCAUGUGCUUCCACGAAAUCAUUUUCAAAGCUGAUAUGAUCUUCCUGCUUCAGUGGGACCUGCUUCUACCACUUGUUUCAAUUCGAGGGCGCCAUUAGCUUUCUCUAAUGAAACACACAAUAGCAAUGUUUUCAUAUUUCAUUCAACUUAAAGCACAUAUUUGUUUUAUGCAUUAUUUGCUCCUCUAUGCCCAAGUGAGGGUCCCCACUGCAUACAAAGCAAAUUGUUUGUUUAAAAAAAAAAAAAGGCAUCGGCCACAGAGCAAUUUGCCUCAAAGGAAGCAGGCAGCAUGUUGUUGUGCCGCCUGUAACUAUUUCACCCUGUAAACAUGUUAAUCACUAAUCAGGUGGCCCGUUACUAUAGCCGUUCACCACCAUCAGCAGGAAUGAGGAAAUUAUACAGCGUGACAGCAGGGGAGCCGGAGCCCAUUCAUCCUUGGGGCUAAGAGCAUAUUGAUUGUGUUAGAUUAUUAAUGGCUGCAUUAAAUUGCCAUCAAGCAUGCGUGGGCUAAUAUUUACCUCAGCAGAUGAGGGUUUGAUGAUGGUGUGAGUUUUUGAACAAUGCAUGAGCAGAAAGCGGGCGAGAGAGUGUAGGCUCAGAAGCAGCUCCAGGCUGCACUCCAAGCACGCAGGAACCUGGCUCCAUGUCAGAGUCUUAAUAAAUAAUCUUUAAAGCUCAUGUGUUUAAGGCUACACCAGAAGUCAGGAUUUCUGCUUCACACUUUACAGGUAAGCUUUUUUCUAUUCAGAAAGCCUGUAUUCGGGGGUGAUUAUGGGGAUAUUUUGUGUCUAAUAGAAAAAAAGAGACUUGGAUCAAGCUUGGUCGUGUGGUUUUAUGAGGCUGAGAGUAUAGCGCUGUUGAUCUAGAGCAGGAUAAAACAAAGGAGCAGAGGUGUGUUGUAGUGUUUAAGGGCUAUAAUAGGCUCAUCAGGAGAAAGCUGAAAGAACAGAAAGGCAAGCGUUCGACUGAAUCACCGAAUUAGUGAAUGCCAUUAAAAGUCUUUAUGUGCCUAGGAAAACUACACAGGUUUCUGCUUUAGCCAAUGGAAAUUCUAGAAUAAAUGUAUGAUGAAUGGAAAUAAAUGAAUGAAAAAAAUUUGAAUUUAGAUUUUUAAAUAUGCAAGCAGAUAUUUUAAUUAAUGUUUUAAUAAUUUUAUUACAUUUUUGUAAAUUAGACAUUUUAAUUUGUAAUAUUUUCUAUUGUUUUAAUUGACCCACUUUUUGUCUUUUUAAAAUGACUUUCUCCAUCUGCAUGUGUUGUUGCACAGGAAAAAUAUACCAUUAAUUUCAACCACACGCAAAAAUAAUCAAACAGACAUUAAACCCACUACUGCAGAGCUACA